AAAUGCUUCAGUCAGAUGCUAAUAAUCCUCUUUCACGGACUACCAAGGACUAUAUGAUGCGCAGAUUCUUAGAAGGUGUGAGUUUGGAGAUACCAGAACCUAAAGAAAGUAUCUACCAUCAAAGUGAGGACAAAGAUGUCUAUCAUACUGUGGAACAAGACAGCUUUCCUCAGGAAAUGGUCAACAGGCCACCAGUUCCUAUUCCAAGACCUGAUCUCUCCUCCAUACAGGAAGACAAAGAGCCAUACAUUUGUAAAGUUUUUGCAGGAAAAGAUCAAGAGAAAUCUGGGAAUCUUUAUAUUUCUGCAACAAAUAUUGGCAAAGGUGACAAAGAACAAAUAAAUACAGUUUCAAACCAGUCUCAACAGAGCAUAUAUGACCCAUUUGCUGGUAUGAAGACUCCAGGUCAGAGGCAGCUGAUUACUCUACAAGAGCAGGUGAAGCUGGGGAUGCUUACUGUGGAUGAAGCUGUCCUGUGUUUCAAAGAGUGGCAGUUAAAUCAAAAGAAGAGAGCAGAAUCAUUUCGCUAUCAACAGGAAAAUCUAAAACGGUUACGUGACAGCAUCACUCGAAGGCAGCUUGAAAAGCAAAAGGCUGGGAAGCAUGCAGAUUUGGAAAUCACCGUACCAACUGGACAUUCUCAGAGUAUGCCAAGGAAACCAGAGUGUAGGAUUUAUGAAUAUAGUCCGAGGAAAAAUCUUUUCCCAAUAAGUAAAGAGAUAAAACGAGGGGACUGGAAAACAGAAAGCACAUCAAGUACUGCAAGCAGUUCAAGUAACCGAUCAAGUACCCGAAGUCUAUUGAGUGUCAGCAGUGGAAUGGAGGGUGACAAUGAGAGAUAA